UCGUAAAACAUAACCGUGUUCUGCGAACAACUUCACAUAUGUAAUUUUAUUCGAAGUGAAUAUCUGGAAAAUACAUUCAAUAAUACGACAUUGGCAAAAGUGUUUCCGAUUUGUUAACGACUGUUACAAUGAGUUCUGGAUUCAUAUCGGAAGCUGAAAUAACCGAACUACGGAAAGCACGACAAGAGGAAUGGGAUCGUGUAAGAUCAGCGGAUCAACCGUUAGAGGCACCAGAAGAGCCUUACGAUCCAAGAUCAUUGUACGAACGAUUACAGGAGCAAAAAGGUAAACGUGAUAUGGAAUAUGAAGAAGCGCACAAGCUCAAAAACAUGAUAAAAGGCCUUGAUGAUGAUGAAGUAGAAUUUCUUGACUUAGUUGACCGUACCAAACUUGAAGAAGAACGUAAAAAAAAUUUAGAAGAAGAAAAAGAAAUGAGGGAUUUCAAAGCAGCUGUUGCUUCGUUGCAAGAAAAAUCUCUAGACGAAAGGCUCAAACAAGAACUGAAGAAACCACAAACAACUACUAAAAAUAUGUCUAGUGGAAGUGGAAGGAAUUCCCAGCUAAGGUUGUUGACUGGAGCUGUUGUCAAAAGAACUGAAAAACAACCAAGUGGGAUUGACGAUACGACAAAAGGAAGUAAAAGAAAACUAUCUGAAAUGGAAGAAAACUGUGAUGUUACAGUGCCAAAAUUGAAAGAAAUGCAUACUGUACAGACUGCAGAAAGUUCAAAUGAGAAAGUCAAUGAAACUGAAUUUGCGACAAAGACUCUUACAGAUGUUAAAGUACAUGAAAGAGCGUCUAAGAUGGCUGGAGGAAUGAAGUGCAUUGGAAUUCUGCCAGGUCUUGGUUCCUACCAACAUUCUAGCGACAGCGAGGCCAGUUCGGAUACAGAUGAAGAAAUUGAACACACUAAGUACGAUCUUUUAGGACGAAAAAUAGAACCCGUUAAAACUGAAGAAAAAAGUUAAAGACUUGAUGAUAUCUAACUUAUAAAAAUCACAUCCGUUCCCUGAUAAAGAUGCACAGAAUGUGAUCAGCACUGAGGGUAGGCACAGAUUCCUCCCUGAUUAUUGAGUGCUCUGGCAUUCUGU